AUGGUAGCUGCUACAAGUGAAGAAAUGGUAGCUUUGAGUACCACUCAAGUCAUCAUCCAUCCUCUUGUCCUCCUCUCUGUAAAAGACCAUGCAGCUCGUGUAGCCAAAGGCGGAAGAAAGCGAGUGGUAGGUGUACUAUCAGGCCAAGACCUUGUGACAUCCCUCAACGUUGCCAAUAGACUGGCAGAGCUAGCUGGGGCGUCAGUCAUACGCGAGUUCCUACUGCAUGUCCCUUCAAUCGGUGUGGAACAUCUUUUAAGGAAUAUCAGAGAUAUUUCUACCGGCACGCUCUCUAUUCGAGUCACCGAUUGA